GUCAUAUUAUUAUUUAUUGAAAUUUGGAUAGGUUAUAAACUUAUAAAUUGUAACUUUAAACUUAUAGGUAUUCAUCAGUCAACACCAAUAGUCGAUAUACUAUUAAGGUUCAGGAAAUCUUGCUGUUUUAGAACCCCUCGGGUAUUGACAAUUAAAAAAUCGAUUUUUUAAAUAAUAACACUUUUAGUGUUCGAUAUAACUUAUUAGUAAAUUAAUCGACAAUGUUUAGUAUUGUGUAACUAUACAUUGAUAAGUAAAAAUCAAGUCAAAUCAACAAAAUGAUUUUGUUAAUAAAGUCAUUAGUUUUUAUACUGUUUAUAGCUAAAUCAUUGAGUACUACGUCAGAGGAUGGUGUUAAAUAUGCCAAUAAAUGUGAAGUUUGUAAAAUAUUGGCAGAAGAAUUAGAGGGUCGUUUACAAGAGACCGGUAAGACUAGUGAAUAUUUAGAGCUUGGUUACUCAAUAGAUCAACCAAAAAAGAAAAAAGAGUACAAAAAAUCGGAACUGCGUUUAGUUGAAUCAUUAGAUGGCCUUUGUGAAAGAAUACUGAAGUAUAAUAUUCACAAAGAAAGAACUGAUAGUACACGAUUUGCUAAAGGAAUGAGUCAAACUUUUCAAACAUUACAUGGCCUUGUGAAUAAAGGAGUAAAAGUUGAACUUGGAAUACCGUAUGAACUUUGGGACAAACCUUCAGUUGAAAUUACAAAUAUGAAAACUCAGUGUGAAGAUUUGUUGGAAACCUAUGAAUCAGAUAUAGAGCAAUGGUAUUUUAAUGAUCAAGUUGAAAGCUUAGGAAAUUAUUUAUGCAAAGAUCGCGCAUUGAAGGAUUCAGAUAAAAAAUGCUUAGAUGAGGCUCCACCUAAAGGAGAUACAAGACAGAUAAAUCAAGAAUUGUAAAGGUUAGAUUAGUAUAGUUAGGUAUAUUUUGUUAAUAUUUCAUAAACAUUAUCAUUGAAAAUAUGUAUAGGAUUUUAAAUGUAUUAAAUAUUAAUAGUGUAAUCUUAUGAGAUCUAAAAUUAUUUAUUUAUAAUAAUGAAUCAAGUAAAUAUGGAAAUCGGUUAAUUUUCAUCUUAUUAUAUUCUUUAUGUUAUUGAAUAUAAAACAAUAAAUUUAAUGUAGUAUUUUAUAUCUUAUGAAUAUAAUAGUAAACAUGUCCAAGUUUUAUUGUAAAUAAUUAUUACAUAUUUACUUCAUUUGUUAAAAUUAAAUAUAUUUUGAUAACUUAUCCUUAAUAUCAUUGAUCUACUUUAUAAUCAAUGUCCAAUGAUAGUAUUCAACUAAUUAUUUUAAGUAAACAUUUGUAAUUUGUGUGCCUUAAAAAUGAAAUAUUUGUUUUAUAUUUAAUUAUGAUUAAAUGAACACAUUUUAUAACUCAACUAUAAGUAAUCUUUGUAAAUAUCAAAUUUGCUUAUUGUUUUAAUUAUAUACAGAUUGUAAAUUUUCUUUAAAGAAAAAAAUGACUACUAUUUUAAAUAAGCUUAUUUUGUAUUCCCAAGAUGGCAAAAUAAUUACCUUAUGUGCCAUACUUAGGCUAAGUUUUAAUAUAAAUUUGUAAAACAUAUCUUUGUAAAAAAUAACCAUAGAUAGCAGAUUCUAGUGGAAAAAUGUUGGUAUUGUUUAAAUUUUAUAAUUAAAUAUUAGUGAUAUUCCUAUUUCCAACUCAUGUGUCUGAAUUUAUAUUAUAUUUUUAAAAUUAAAAACUCAUUUAAGGUG